UACGAAGCCAGGGCUGAUGUGCUGCCCCCUUCAGGACAUAGAGCGACAUUGCAGCCACACUGAUGCAAACAGGCAGGGCAAAGAACACCAGCAUCCCUGGAGCCAGCAGGUAUUCAGCGUGUCUUGCUCAAGGACACAUAAGCAGCAGGAGCAGCAGCAGCAGCAGCAGCAGCAGCAGGGCCGAUGCUGGCUGACACAGAGAGUGGUGGUAGCGCCCCCUUGCGGCUCAACUCACAUUUCUGUGACGUCAAUUCAGCACUGGGAAGGAGACAGCUCCCUCCCCCAAAAAACCCAGCGCGCCUCACGUUGCAUGGGUCCCCAGUUAUUGAUAACACAAUUUGCCCGCUGGGAUCCAUCCCAGUAACGUGAAACUCGUGGAUACAGGGACUGGAAAUACAACAGAGAUCCCGGGCCGAAGAAAAACAACGAUUCGCUCGUUAUCGCCGACAAAUAGAAAGCCGAGCCCACCCCUUCACUUGACAACGCGACAUCAACCAGGCAGAAAGGGUUACUUCUCACCUUACCAUCUUCCAUCCACCCUAACCUGCUGUGUUGGGGAAACCCCUGAUGAGUGGGACCUGUAUCCAUGAGCCCCGUGCCCCUUCCCCCUCCCUGUCAGGCUUCAGUACCCCCAUCUCAGAGCCCCCCUAUCGAAGACUCGAUGGAGACACCCCUGCCUGCACCCCCGAAACGGACCUGACCCCCACACAGUGUGUCCUCCGUAACGUGCUAUCCAUCGACACGGGUGGACAGGGGGCGCCAGGCGGCAGCAGCCCCACCCCCAGUGAUGGACCCUCAGCCCAGUUUGACAACAGCGUGCUAAAACUACAUGAACAUGAGGCCUGCCAGUGUGGCGGCGGGGCGGAGGCGGGGCACAGUCCAGAGGCUGGCGCUGUUCGGAACCAGUCGGAGAACAUUCGGCUACAAUCAGGAAAUGGAGGUUUUUUGGAGGGAUUGUUUGGCUGCCUAAAACCAGUCUGGACCAUGAUUGGGAAGGCCUACUCCACUGAACACAAACAUAGCCAUGAAGAGUCCUGGGAGGUUCCUUUUGAGGAAAUCUCCGACCUGCAGUGGGUGGGCAGUGGGGCGCAGGGGGCUGUCUUCCUCGGCAAGUUCCAUGGAGAAGACGUGGCUGUAAAGAAAGUGCGGGACAUCAAAGAAACAGAGAUCAAACACCUCCGCAAACUCAAGCACCCCAACAUCAUCACUUUCAAGGGUGUGUGCACCCAGGCUCCUUGUUACUGUAUCUUGAUGGAAUACUGUGCUCAAGGCCAACUGUAUGAGGUGCUGAGGGCGGGCCGUAAAAUCACCCCAUCCCUACUGGUUGACUGGUCAAUGGGCAUUGCAGGUGGCAUGAACUACCUACACCUCCACAAAAUCAUCCAUCGAGACCUCAAGUCCCCUAACAUGCUGAUUACACAUGAUGACCUGGUAAAGAUCUCUGACUUUGGCACCUCAAAGGAGCUCAGUGACAAGAGCACCAAGAUGUCAUUUGCCGGCACUGUAGCUUGGAUGGCUCCUGAAGUCAUUCGGAAUGAGCCAGUGUCUGAAAAGGUCGACAUCUGGUCCUUCGGAGUGGUGCUGUGGGAGAUGUUAACUGGAGAGAUCCCUUAUAAAGAUGUGGACUCGUCUGCCAUCAUCUGGGGUGUGGGAAACAACAGCCUUCAGCUACCCGUACCCGAGAGCUGCCCUGAUGGCUUCAAGAUCCUCCUCAGGCAGUGCUGGAACUGCAAGCCCAGGAACAGGCCCUCUUUCCGUCAGAUCCUACUUCAUCUGGAUAUAGCGUCAGCUGAUGUACUGUCCACUCCACAAGAGACAUACUUCAAGUCUCAGGCUGAAUGGCGAGAAGAGGUGAAACAGCACUUUGAGAAGAUUAAAUCUGAGGGUACUUGUCUCCACCGGCUCGAUGAGGAGCUGAUUAACCGACGCAGAGAGGAGCUCAGGCAUGCUUUGGACAUUCGCGAGCACUAUGAGAGGAAACUGGAGAGAGCUAACAACCUUUACAUGGAGCUCAGCGCCGUCAUGCUGCAACUGGAGCUCAAAGAGAAAGAGUUGCAGAGGAGAGAGCAGUCUUUGGAUAAGAAGUAUCCAGGUUUGUUUAAGCACCACAGCUCCAGGCAGAGCAGCUCCUCCAACUCCAUGGACAAACUCAUCAAGAAGAGAAAUGUCCCCCAGAAACUGCCUUCGGCAAAGAGGCCAGACAUCCUCAAGUCUGAGGUAAUCAUUCCCAAAAUGGAUUCCUCCGUGAUGCAGGUCACUAUCCCAGCCUGCCCCAACAGAAGCUCCACUUCUCCCAGCCGGUCUCGGAGGGUAAAGACCCGCCAUCGCAAGUCCGGUAAGGGCAGCAGUGGGGACCUGGCUGGACUUAAGGCAAAUCAGUCCUCCCCUAAUAGAGACACAACUGCCCAGGCAAACAGUUCUACCACUAACACCUCCAAGCAGCUCCUGGAGCCCUCUGCAGCCCUGCGGGGCCUCAGCCACGAGCAGCAGCAGAGGCAGCUAUCCUCCUCCAGCCCUGACCUCAUUUGCACCACGCUAGAGGCAGAGGGCCAGGGGAAAGGGGAGGCCUCUGUGGGCGGGCUGGAGAGAGGGGGGAGCCUCAGUGCCUCUGCAGGGUUAGGGGGAUCCGAGGUGGGGGCAGCUGGUCUUGAUGAUUUUACAGAAACUCCUCCACGCAGCGACACGCCAAGCGAGGAUGCUGCAUCGUUCCCGUUCUCCAGCAGCCCAGACUCACCAUGUGGGAGGGGGGCGGCAGCAGGGCGGGGGUCUCUGGGAUCUCCACGUUUGCCGCAUGAUGGGGAGGAUAAGGAGGAGGGAGCUGGUGCUGUGCGGUUGCCCCGGGGGGCAUCAGGGGGAAUUGGGAGUCAGCACCUCACUCCUUCAGCCAUUCUAUACAGGGCAGCUAUCACACGCAAACAGAGGCGUGGAGUGUCAUCAGAAGAGGAGGAGGGUGAAGUUGACAGUGAGGUUGAGUUACCACGGAGACGGCGCCCGACCAGCAUCACCAAGUGCCAGUCGGUGUCCACUUUCAGCUCAGAGAACCUGUCGGUGUCGGACGGCGAGGAGGGCCACACCACCGACCACUCUCACAGCGGUACUCCCGACGUGGUCAGCACGAACACGGACGACAGGUUGGACGACCGCAGCGACGACCUCCUCUCUCAGGGGUCGGAGAUCCCGGCGGACAACACUGAUCCUGCGCAGGCUUCCGAUGGCCUGUCGGAGAGAGAUGGCGCCCUCGGCCAGGCCAAAGCUCAGCUGGAAGCCGGGCAGAAUCCUAAUGAGAAUCGGGCCCUGUGUGAUGAUUCUGACUGCGACAGUGCUGAGCUGGAUCAGUCAGGUAGCGGAGAGCCCAGCCGUCCUCCCAGUGCUGGAGCAUGGGUGUCGCCGUCUCAACCCUAUCAGGGGUCUCCACAGGCACCCCAUACAGGACCUCCAUAGAUCACUGGACACUAGCAAAGACCUCCAGCUACCGUACAGUGAACAAUCAUCACAGGCGUACACCAAUCUGUCAGUGCAGUACAUUACUGUUGUCAUGAGGGAUCACACCUACCACACCACUCAGACUAUGACAAGUUGACUUAUGGUGUCUCAUAAGUUUGUUGGCUGGCAAACCUACAUCAGAUGACAUGCAGUAGGACAUUUGUCAUAACCUGAUAUCAGAUAUUUUGGCAGCUUGUGACAUCAGAUAAAUGUCAUUUAUGUUCAGUAGGGGUUUUUUUAAAGGCAAAAUAGUUACCAAGGUAACCUUAGCCACUGCUCCAGUUCAGCAAAAACCCUUCCACAGAUGCACGCACAAGAUACCACACUUGUCCUUUAAACACACUAAUCCUCACUCUGGGAGCAUCCUCCAUGAUACUCCACACACUAAUGCAUCAAAUACUAAUGAAUAAUAAUGUAAAUAUCCAUUACAUACCACAUGAGAAAUAUCUAACUUUAUUUUAUUUGUAAGAUAAAAAUGUAAGACUAAACGGUAUGCAGCCCUGUGAACAAAUGCAUGACUACAUGU